AUGCGAGUACAUCACUACGAUGCGGCCGCGGACGCACGCGCCGCGCGUUCGAAAACUAAAUACAGUUCGCCGCCAAUAAAAAAAAAAAGACUGAGUGAAAUGGAAUCGGAAGUGAGCGAUAUGCAGACCAAGAAAAAGGCGCCAAAACCCUUCUCGAUCGAAUCUAUAAUCGGUAAUACGGAAAGAAAAUCCCCCGAGAUCGAUAUAGAAAACAGCCUAUCGGAGAGUUCGAAGAAUUCAGAGGACGAUGAGCCCGUUCGGACGGAGGAAUUAAACCGAAUGCGGUAUUACUUGAACGCGCCGUUUCUGCAUCAGGCCGGAGUCAGUUUCCCGUUUCUGCUCGGUUAUCCGGAGCCAUGGUUGUCCCGGGUGCUGGGUUCCAGUGUCGCCACGCAGAGCGCGACCACGGAGAGCAGAGAGGAAGAGAGAAGAGAGAGCCCGUUGAGUGUAGGCAGUGAAGUCGAAAGUGAUGGUGCAGAAGAUAAUACUCAGGGAAACGAUUCGGAGCCUGACCUAGAAGAUUCUAGCGCAGACAACACAAGGGAGAGCAAUAAAGCGCGGCGUCGGCGCACCGCUUUCACUUCCGAGCAGCUGUUAGAGUUAGAGAGGGAGUUCCACGCCAAGAAAUAUCUCAGCCUCACGGAGAGGUCGCAAAUCGCUUCGGCGCUCAAGCUCAGCGAAGUUCAGGUGAAGAUCUGGUUCCAAAACAGACGGGCGAAGUGGAAACGGGUGAAGGCGGGGCUUGCGUCGGGCAGCCAUUCGGGCAAGGGCGCCGCCGGCACCAAGAUAGUGGUGCCGAUACCGGUACACGUGAACCGGUUCGCGGUGCGGACCCAGCACCACCAGAUGGAGAAGCAGGGCCUGCAGUUCCGGCUAGGGCAGCCGUUGCCCGGGGGCCUGCUGCAGUCGCAGACCUCGGCCUUCCUCAGCGCGACGAAGCUGGCCGAGCGCCAGGAACAGACCCUCGUCAGCCCCAUGCGGAGUUACGAGCCGGCCGUCUCCAGGCUGGCGACGAUCAACCAGGCCACCAGCUUGAGGCAUUACCCCGGCCCGAACGGCAGACACAGC